CAAGUUGAAACAAAAGUGGGUUAAAUGUUAUUUCUUUCAGCAUUUUUUUCGCUUUUAAUGUGAAAAUUUCGUAUAUUUAUUAGAUUUUCAUUUUAAUUCACCAUAAUGUCUUUUCCACCUCGUCAUCCAAUGGGUAUGCCUCCAAUGGGCCCAGGAAUGGGUUAUGCCUUUACACCAAUGGGUAUGAUGCCAAUGGGCAUGGGCAUGAUGGCACCACCACCACAGAUGAUGCGUCCUAUGAUGCAAGCAGCAGCACCAGCAAAACCAGUUAAGAAGCUUGUGCCUCAAGAAAUUCAGAAGGAUGAAAAGAAAGAGGACAAGCCACCAGUGACCACAGUAUUUGUUGGUAAUAUCAGUGAAAAGGCUCCUGAUAUGAUGAUAAAACAAAUGCUUCAGAGAUGUGGAAAUGUACUAAGUUGGAAAAGAGUGCAAGGUGCUUCUGGAAAGUUACAGGCUUUUGGAUUCUGUGAAUAUGAAUACCCUGAGGCGACCUUGAGGUGCAUCAGAUUGUUAAAUGAAUGGAAUAUUUGUGAAAAGAAACUUGUGGUAAAAGUUGAUGCCAAAACUAAAACACUUCUGGAUGAGUACAAGUCGACAAAAGACGAUGACGAUAAAGAAACGGAAAAACCCACAGAGGAAUCUACUUCCAAAGAAAAAACUGAAACGGACACUGAAGACAAAGAAAAAGAGAAAGAGAAAGAAAAGGAUGAAAAGGAAAAUGGAGCAGACUCUGCCGACAAGGAGGAAGUGGAUGAGAUGAGUCAGCGUGAAGAUCGCGUGGCUAGAGCUGGUCUCGAGGCCAUCAUGCGAGAGUAUGCCAUGGAGCUAAACAAGCCAGGAGUCAGUGAGCAAGAAUCUAAGGAAAAGCCCCCUAUUCCUAAAAAGAAAAUGAUGGAAGAAAGUAGCCUUAAAGAUCAGGGUCUUGAUGAUUUAGAGAUGGAAGAGGACAAAAAACAUUUAAUUAACCGGGAAAUCCGUUUCUUUAGAGACCGACACAAGGGAGAGGAGGAAAAAGAAGAAACUCUUGAAGAGAAAGAAAGACGAUAUGAAGAGAAAAGGAGAAGACAGGAGCAGUUGAAGGAGCGAGAGCGCCUGCGAGAGAGAGACAAAGCCAUAAUGCGUGAAAGAACGAAGACUAGGUCACGGUCGCGAUCAAGAUCUAUCUCACCUAGGAGACGCAGACACUCACGGUCAAAGGAACGCUCUAGAGAUAGAUCCAGGGAGAGGCGGAGGGAACGAGAGACAGAAGAGGAGGAGGAAGCAUACGAGAGACGAAAGGCAGAGAAAAAAUUACGAGAAAAAGAGGCAGCAUAUAAAGAGCGUCUAAAUAAUUGGGAAGCUCGUGAAAGGAAAAAAUCUAGAGAAUAUGACAAAGAAAAGGACCGAGAAGAAGAGAGAAAACAGGAUGAGCAAAGAGAAGCCAGGCGAUUGAAAGAAUUCCUUGAAGAUUAUGAUGAUCUUAGAGAUGAUCCUAAAUAUUUCAAAGGCAGUGCUUUAGCUAGAAGAUUGAAAGAGCGUGAAAAGGAGAAGGAAGCAGAUUCAAGAGACCGGCAGAGAGAAAAGGAAGAAUUUGAAGAGCUGAAGCGGAAGUUAUUGGAAGAAGGUCAUCCUGACCCUGAAGCAGAGCUAGCUAGAGUGCGCAAGAUGGAGAAGGAAAAAGAGGAACACUUACGUCCGAAGUUUAUUCUGCCCGAGCCUGAGCCUGUUGUAAUACAGCCCGUUGUAGAACCGCCGAAGGAAGAGUCAUCCGAGGAGGAAGAGGAGGAGCUUCCAAAACAGUUGUCUAAAAUGCAACCCACCCUCAAACCUGUUCAGAGUAACAGUCCGUCAAACCACUCAUCCCCGUCCACAGAUGGAGGGGAAUCCAGCAGGAGUCUGCCUGGGGUGGAGACCGCAGAGCCAGUCAGUCAGCAGGUGGUCAUCGGACCAGCCUUGAAGGAAGAGUCUACCAAAAUAGGAUUCAAUUCCAUUAAGUUUGGAACAUCCACUAACAGUCCUAAUGAGGUGCCUGGGCCGAAGCGGAAGAAGUACACAGUUGGUGAUGUGUUUAACCAAGACGAUGAUGACUCAUCAGAGAGUAAGAAGAGAAAACUAAUUCCACUGGACUAUGACGAAAAGAAAUUGUCGGAAAAGAAAGCCACUACUGCGGAAGAGAAACGUAUGAAAAUUAAAAACCUCAUUGAAGGCAUUCCAACAGCAAAAGAAGAAUUGUUCCAGUUUCCAUUGGAUUGGUCAAUAGUAGAUCAGUCUUUAAUGGACAAACGAAUCAAACCAUGGGUUAUCAAAAAGAUUGUCGAGUACAUUGGAGAAGAAGAACCAGCUCUCACAGAGUUUAUCUGCCAAAAGGUUGCAGCCCGCAGUUCACCACAGAGUAUUCUCAACGAUCUCGUCAGGGUUAUCGAUGAUGCCGCUGAAGUGUUUGUAGUGAAAAUGUGGAGACUGCUGGUAUAUGAAACGGAAGCUAAAAAAUUAGGACUUGUGAAAUGAACAUUUUGUGUACUUGUAGCAUGUGUGUGUGUGUAUGUCUGAAUGGAAGAAUGUUUUUGAAGAAAUUGUGAUGUUAAAUUUACACAGGUGAGAGUUUACAGUCUGAAAGUCCAUUCUGGUGAACAUUGUGUAUGAAUGUUGGAUGUUGUAUUAUAGUUGUUAAUGAGAGGUUUGAUGAAUGGUUGUAAGAAUAUAUCACCGAUUGUAGAAAUUAGGGUAGGUUUUUUUAAAUACAAAAAAUAUUGCUGCCCAGUCCUAAAAACCGAUUGUGCGUAAAGUGAUUAUAACCUUCCCAUUUAAACUGAUUUCACAUGUUAUGUACUAAUUAAAAACAGAAAACAGUCUAUUGUGGUUAUUAUAAAUAUAUUGUAUUAUUUAAAUCAAUGCUUUUUAAACCUGCGUCCUAAAAGUCGGUACUUGAUUUAUGAAAUUCCAAGGUAUGUACAUGUUUUGUGUUGGCUGCUAUGAUUGAGGUAUCUAUUUGAAAUGAUUAAGAGUUGUUCCAGAAUUGUUCACAGCGGGACUAUUUGUGUGGGUGUACCCCUACCCAAAUUUUUUUUUAUUCAAACUAAGCAUGUAUAGACAGAGAAAUAGCAGCAUAGCAGACUAGGCAUAAAAACAAUUAUAGUGUGUCUCAUCUCCCCCAUGCGAUUCAUUCUGGACCAGUCUUUUUAACAAAUGUUGAAUAGGAUGUAUGGUUUCAAAAAUACCUCUUUUUAAUGUUUCUUUGUGAACAUCAACAAGUUCUUUUGUACAUAUAUUACCAAAAACCUCUGUAUUGACAUUGUGAUGGUUUAUGUUAAACAGAAUAGAAACAUUUUGUGGGGUGGGUGUUUUUGGCAGGGUAUUUUGUAAUAUCACUGAAGAGUAAAAUUAUGCUGGUGCUACUUGAAGAUAAAUAUAGCUCAUCAGUUUACUAAUAGAGGUAAUAAAAUGUUAGUAUUACACUAGCAGGGUUUAAUUUCUUUUUGUCUUUGGUACUAAAGUAGCUUAGUUACCACAGACAUUUUGGUCAUGGUAUGUCAUAAAAUUAUGUAUAAAUAUUGAACAAAAAUGAUGGGCAACGUUUAGGAAAAAUAAAAUACAGUAUUACUAUGUUUGAUACCAUUGGAAUUUCUCAAAAACUUGUGGAAUUUCUGUAGGUUUUGCUUGUCUAUUUUCAUGUAACCUUUUAUGUUUUUUUUUUUUAUUAAACCUGCAGUGACACAAUAAUUUGUAGUGGACAACAGCUAUUUUCUGUGUUUGAAUGUAAGGACAAUUCUCUCAGAUUAAAGGUAUGUUGUUGCUACACUAAAGAACUAGCAAGUAUUCACUGGUGACUAUCAGAAACUGACGUCGGUGUUCACCAGCAGUGAUAUUAUUUGGUAAUGGUGUCAAUUUUACUGAGAUUGACAAAUGGAAACGUCAUUUCAGCUACCAAUUCUCUAACAAGUAGUCAACCAUUGACUGUUGGCUAUAGUGUAAUGUCUCAUUUUCUCUUCAGUUUAUAAACCACAGAACUAUUAUUCUGUCGAUUCAUGUGUUUUUAUAGGUUUUGUAUACUGUGGUUUUACUUCAUGUUAGAAUUCUGUGGGUAACAAAAACUAUGAAUUCAUGUAAUAACUUAUUCAAAGACUUCAUUUUAGCUGAAAUUUGAAUCAAAAACAUCAUUUAAGCUUUAAAUUUGUGUAUUCAACUUUGAGGAAAUUAAGAAAUUUAAAUGCUAGCCAAUCAAAUUUCUUAUUUUUUUCACGUGAUAAUCACAGAAAACAAGAAAAAUCAUAUUAGUUUUGUUCCACUUAUUUACACUUGACGUGUUGAACCAUUUAUUAUGUUUGAAUACAUGUCUUGUUCUGAGGGAGCAAUAAAUAUGUAUAUAUGUAAA